AUACUUUCAAAACGCAAGAUACUUUCGUUCUGAACGGACGUGCCUUUUUGCUCUGCGUAUGGCCGGACCAAAGUGAAUUAAUUUAGAAAUUCUGAAAUAAAGAAAUAUAAAAAAAAAAAGAAUGUGUAUUUGCUUAACUGAGUGAAGUGAUUGGAAGCUCUUAGUGCAUUUGCCCUCUCAAAGUAUAAGUGUGUAUACAAAUUAAUAGAUAUCAAUUAGGCUGUGAUAUCUUAUCGGUUUUUGCAAGUGAAAUUACACCAAAAAAGCACAUCAGCAAAACAGAAAAAAAAUAAAGAAAAGCGUAGCGAAAAACUCUUCAAUCGAAUCAUUUUGGAUUACGCGUACUUCAAGAAUGGAAACGAACCAACUUUACAUGCAACUAAAUGCAGCGGAGCUAGCAGCCAUAAUUAUGAAAGAUUCACCCAAUUCGAAUGACCGCGAUGCGGGUUUUUGCUCCGCCAGUUCCGAAAGCGAAGGCGGAGACGACCUGACGGCGGAGCGUGCCUCAAGUAUAGAACCAAUGGAAGCCGAGACAGGGGAGCCAAAACCAAUACCUCUUUUAGUGCGUAAUAAACGCAAAAGCACGGAACCGUCAAAAUUUGUAGAUGCAGCAAUAACCACAAAUCAAUCCGCCUGUUGUGCUGCUACGGGUCCAUUGAAAAAACGCAUACGAUAUAUCUCUUCAGCGGACUCAGCCGUCGUGCUGACGCCCCGCAUAUCAGCGUCUCCCCAGCCUAGCCCUAGCAGCAGCAGUAGUAGUCAGCCAUCUACAAUUGUGUGGAAUGCAAGCUCCAAUACCAGUCAUUGCGUACCCCACGAAAUUAUGCCAAAUCCAGCGCACAUAUUCGUUCGUCAUCCCGGUGUGACCACAUUUCAUCGUUCAUUGAAACAAGAGCAUCAAAUCGACGAACAACAGGAACCGUUGGCCUUAGUAGCAAAGAAAACAUUCGCACAAACCGAAAGUGGGACAUUUAAUGACCCAGUGAUUCCUAAGAAGACAUCAUACAAAAAACUAUCGCAAUCGCCUACUCAAGAAUUCGAUGAGGAGGACAUCUGUAAAAUUGGUUCCGGUUCUGAUAUUUCCACAUCCCGUCCACAACAACGUAACUACAAAAAUAUGACCCGGGAACGCCGGAUCGAGGCCAAUGCUAGAGAACGUACCAGAGUACACACUAUUUCCGCGGCCUACGAAACCUUACGUCACGCCGUUCCCGCAUAUGCCAGCUCCCAAAAACUGUCAAAGCUAUCUGUAUUGCGUGUGGCCUGUUCGUAUAUAUUAACACUUAGUCGCAUGGCUGGCCAGGACUAUAGUGCCGAUCAGUCGGAGCCAUCAAUUGCAGAGUGUAUUGACUCUGUCACCUCGACGAUUCAAACUGAGGGGAAGGUCAAGAGGAAGAAGGAUGAUUAGAUGUUCGUGCUCUUGAGUGUUUUUAAGACUUCUAACAUGACUGAGUUACUGUUAUAAUAAGCUGUGGAGUUUAAUCGGGCAUAGAGGGGGGAACUAGCUUAGUGGCUAGUUCCUAAAAUGGCAGUCACUUGAGGUCACGGUGUGGCCGAAUAGCUUUAAAGGUUUUCAAAGCUUCCUUUUUAUGUAAAUACCUACGUAUAAAUGAACAAUUGUGUACAUGUUAUAGUUUAAAUAAUGGGGAAAUAAAGACGCACAUUAAAAUAAAA